UGCACACUUUAGAAUACGCGCGGUAGGUUACAAUAUAUACAGUGCAGAUUAUGAUAGAAUGCAUUGAAAGUUGCAUUCAUGUAAUAGAUAUCACAUGUAUGCUAUUGCAUUAGUCCUUUUGUAACUAUGCCAGUGCCAUUGACGAUCAGCUGUCCAAGUUCUGGAAUUUAAACAUAUUGCGUUUGCAAAGCGGAAACUCGUUCGGAAAUCAAAUGUAGUUAUAUAAGAUUACAGUUGAGAGAAAUGAAUCAGUCUUCUUGCAGUGCGUUUACGAAGAUCAAUUAUAUAUUUCGAUAAUAUACGCGUUUAUUAUUUUCGUAUAUUCUAAAGGGGGGAGCAUUUAAAGUGUCACGAUAAUAUUUCCAACGUCGCUGCCUGUCACCGUCUGUCUCUUUAGGGUUUUGAAAGGCUUACAACAGCGUUAAUAAAGAAUGUCCAGUAAUCCUAUUGCAGUAGAUCCAUUCAGUGAAGUUGCUUUGGAACUAGAUAUUUGUGAAGGGAAUGGAGAUGUGGAUAACGAGCAAAGUACACAAAGUACGCAAAGUGCACAAAGUACAAAAGAAGAUACUAAAAGUACAAUUAAUGAACCAACUUAUGCCGAACCGCUUACACCUGAAGAAAUACGUUGGUUUUACAAAGGCGGAGUCGAUAAGAGAUGGGUCGAGUUUUGUGGAUAUGAUAGUUUGAGAAUAGAAAUGGCUUGGCAAGAGAGACAAAGUCUUCUUAGUAAAAAUGAUGGUAAAAGUCAUGAAUUGCCACCUGCUGAGAAAGUCGUCGUUAGAGGAGGAAUGUACGAUACGGAAAUAGAUAAUAUGAAAUGUGUCUCUAUAUAUUGGCCAGGCGAAGAAUGGGAAAUAAUGAGAGGUACGUGGUAUUACGAUGGUAGUUGGAUACCAUUGGAAAUAGAACAUUCUAAAGUAAUAGAAGAAGUUCAUUUAAAAUUGUUUCCAAAACCAUCUUCGGAACCGAAUAAAUCAACACCUGAAACAAAUGCCUCUUCUUAUUCAUAUAAAGUAUUGCAUACGGAAUGUUUUCCAGAAUUUCACGUCGACUGGCAUUCAAUAGAUUAUGUCGCAUUAUACAGUGAAUAUACAACAAGUAAAUUAAUGCGUAGCGUUACGUCGAAAUUGGGCUUGCCUAAAACCACAGGAUAUCGAAUAAAAAGAGGAUAUAAAGUUCCUGCCAUAAUGGAAGAUAAACCACAAGAUAUUGAUCACUUAGUAUUUGUUGUUCAUGGAAUUGGUCAAAAGAGAGAUACUGGAAAAAUAAUACGCAAUACAACAUCAUUCAGAGAAUGCAUAGAACGAUUGAAACAACGUUUCUUUCCACACUCAAAUUACAGGGUUGAAUUUUUCCCCGUUGAAUGGAGAUCAUCUUUGAAACUCGACGGAGAUAUAGUUGAAGCUAUCACACCAUACAGCGUUUUAAGUAUUCGUCAUCUAUUAAAUACGUCAGCAAUGGAUAUACUUUAUUAUACAAGUCCUCUUUAUGGUGGAGAAGUAAGAGCUGGAUUACAAAAAGAAUUGAAUAGAUUAUAUUUCAUGUUUACUAGCAGACAUCCUGACUGGAAAGGCAAAGUUUCAAUUUUGGCACAUUCGUUAGGCUGCGUCAUCGUAUAUGAUAUAGUUACAGGGUGGAUGAGUCCAGACACAAGACCUCCGUCUCCCGAUCAAGAAGUAUUACUGCAAGGUUUACAAUUUCCUAUUGAGAACUUAUUUUGUCUGGGUUCUCCUUUAUCAGUGUUUUUAGCAUUACGUACACGUACACCGUCCAAUAGAUUAGAUGUAAUGCCUCAAGGUCUCUGUAAAAGGUUUUAUAAUAUAUUUCACUGGUCUGAUCCUGUAGCAUAUCGUAUGGAACCGCUUUUGGAAAGAGGAUAUAGUAAAAUUGAGCCAGUUGUUAUACCACCGUAUGGAGGAGGAGUUGAUGAAUUACAAAUAGAACCCUCGUCAAUAUUUAACGCAGAUCAAAAUCUAUCUCCAACUGAGACUGAGGAAAGAGAAGAUAGUCCAGUGGACGUGUCCAAUCGUAAUACAGAAAAAGGAUGGAGUCUUUGGGGUUUAGUUAGAGCAGGUUGGAAUGUUAAAGAAGGAUCAUCUUCACCAACACCUGACUCAAAUCCACCAAUCCGUCCAGGACAAGAGCUAACGCAACGUUUGGAUUACGUUUUACGAGCAGUUGGAUUAGGUAGAAAUUAUUUAUAUGCAGUAGUAGCUCAUACUAGAUAUUGGAGUAACGAUGAUGUGGCUUAUUUUGUUCUAACAAGACUAUUUCCAACAUUAGAAGCAUGAUGGCAAUAUCAUUGCUUGAAGCUGAAUUUAAACAGAUUUUAUUCAAUUUACUAGUCGAUUUUGCUGGCCUUUUAUACCUGAUAUAAAAACUAGGCCUACCACUAAAAAACAAUCUGUGAUAAUGGAAAAAAAACGAUACAAUAACAAUAUAAAAUCUAUCAAUAUAAAAUUCAUGAGAGAGAUUUUAUAUAAUAAUUCAUGCAGUUCAAUAUUAAUACGGUCAAGGUUUUGCAGAUCAAAUCAAUUAUAUAGUUGUGUGUAUGUAUGUAUGUAUGUAUGUAUGUUGUAUGUAUGUAUGCGCGCGCGUAUGUAAAGAAAGAGGCGCACGUGUGCGCGCGUGCAUCAUACAAAUGUUAAAUUUGUAUAUUACUUCAUACUGUAAGAAGUAAGUAAGAUAUGUAAUAUAUGUGUAUUAUAAUAAUAUAAUGAAUAAUACACGAUAAUACACGUAUAUUACUUUUAUCUUGAAAAAUGCCUCUUUUUAUAACUUAUCGUAAAUAAGUUUUAUUUGUUGUGUUUAAUAAGCAUAUAGUUUAUAAUAGAUAUUUAUUUAAGUAUUUAAUCAUAUAAAAAUUGUUAAGACCAAAAAAACACACACGUACAUUAAUUGAUGAUAAAAAUAAUGGUAGUAAUCUUCCUUUAAAGUAAGCCAUUAAAAGUUAAGUUUUUAUUUGAUGUCAGUACAAUCUCCCACUUUAAGGACAAUGAUUAUCACUCUCCUCCGUUCAUAAAUUGUUUUAUUUUUUUGUUCAAAUUCUUACUCACACACUGAUCAUGCUUCUUUUAGUUAUUUACAAUUGGAAUUGUAUUAAUCUACGAUGAUUAUAAGCUAAGAAGCAUGAUGAGACGCAGUGGGAUUUAAAGGAAAUCAUAUCACAAUAAAAUUUGAGAAAAGCUAUAAUAUAUUCAAUUGAAAUGUAAUAUUUCCUGUGAUGGUAUGCGUUGUGCGUAUGUGUGUUGUAUAUACACAGUGGCCCAGUAAUCAUGGUACAACCAGGAAAGAACUGACUCUUCUUUAAAUAAUAAAUUGAAAUUGUGAAAUAACAUCUUUUUAUAUACAUUUUCACAUUUUCUUUUCAAGAUAAUCAAUCAAUAUGGAAUCCUUUGUUCUUAUAUCAAUCUCGUAUGAGAUUAUUGUAAUUACAGUGUGAGAGACAACAACAACAACAACAACAACAACAACAUAAUAGUGCAUAAUAAUAGUAUUAUUAAAAUAUAACAAAGAAAAACCAAAAAUUUGAAAUUGUCCUUGUAUUCCAAAUGAAGUUCAUUCGUUGUAUAGACAAUUUGGUGGUUUGGACGAUUAAAAGGAAACGGCUGAUGAGUAUAAUUAGCCAAUUAAACAAAAUGACCAACUUAAAGAAAAACAUGCAAUUAAUUAUUCAUUAUUUGCAUGUGCGCGCGCGUAUAUCAUUGAUUUUUUGAUCACAGCUUUUUUAAUAUAAUCUUAUUGAAAAUUAUAAUAAGUAAAUAGAUGAUAAAGUUAAUCGCGAUUCUAUGAAAUAAUAAUAUAUAAGAUAAAUUUAAUGUAUUGACUGCAAGGGAACAGAGUAUUCUUUUAUAGAAAGAAAAAUUCAAACAGUAAAAUGUAAUCGGUUGAUGAAAUCAAAAAA